CCCCUAGUGGCAGGGGUUUUGCAUUUGCUUGGUCUCGUCUGUAACUUCAUUUCAUUCUUCUCUUUAGCCAUGACGAAGUUCCGAAAGCUCGGCCGCCCUACGGGGCAUCGAAUGUCGAUGCUCAGGACAAUGGUUUCGCAGCUGGUAAAACAUGAACGUAUCGAAACUACGGUUGCAAAAGCGAAAGAAAUUAGGCGACUUGCUGAUAACAUGGUGCAGCUUGGGAAGGAGGGUUCUCUUUGUGCUGCCAGGUGUGCUGCUGCUUUUGUGCGGGGGGAUGAUGUCCUUCACAAGCUAUUUACUGAACUGGCAUAUCGCUACAAAGACAGAGCAGGUGGGUAUACAAGGCUACUUCGAACUCGAAUACGAGUUGGUGAUGCUGCAGAAAUGGCCUAUAUUGAGUUCAUAGACAGAGAGAAUGAACUUAGGCAGUCGAAACCAGCAACCCCUCAACCACCACCGAGGGCCCCCUUGGAUCCUUGGACAAGGUCUCGCCUAAGCAAGCAGUUGGCACCUCCUAAAGAGGAUUCAAGUUCUCAUUCUGAUGCUUAAACUAGAUCCUGUAACUGUGUUUCUUAAUUAUUAUUGCAUGUAUCAGUUGAUUUCAUGCUAUACCAUCAAACUUCAUUUUCAUAGCAUUCAAGCUCAAUGAAUUUUUGGAACUAUCAUCAAGCUUCA